UACGUUUUUCUGUUUUUCGUCCAGGUUUGAAGGUGUGUGGGUCGCCGGUAAUGACGGCAUUCUCUGUAACGUCAUGUGACAGUCAGGUGUCUAUCUUUGCCGUUGCCGACGUAAUGGAAAAGAACGGUUGGACCAAUGGGAGCGCCAGAUGGAUAGUCUCCAUUUCCCAUCCUCCCCUCACACACUCCCGAGAGAGCUCAGCAGCUGCUUUCUGCUCUCAGAGAGGCUGUCACCACUGUCAAGGCAAACCCCGCCCUCUCUCGUACUGGGUCAGCGGUCUCUACGGCAUGGUUGCUAAGAUACCAGACAAGGCGGUCGUCAACGACUUCAUCCUGGAAUUCUUUAACGAGCUCUACACUCUCUAACUCUGCAUCCCUGUGUGACUCGUUUGUGCAAGAAUGCAAUUAGGUUUCCGUUUUUUAGUAACAUUUUCUAAAUUUAGCCCUUACAAUUACAUUCCCUUUAACGUCAA